AUGUAUUUCAACAGGGAAGAAAAAAUGCAAUCAACUCUGUGUCUAAAAUAUGUCUGGUUGUUUAAGAGGUCCCAUCUUAAAAGAAAUGUUGUUUUAUUUGCAGAAAGCCAUAUUCUUGAGGAUGUAAACAAGUGUAUCAUUGCACUGAGAGAGCAGAAUGCGGACAAUUUAGAUCGUGCAGCAGGUGCGAUCCGAGGACGUGCUUCCAGAGUAGCUCAUAUUGUUUCGGGUGAGAUGGACAAUUAUGAGCCAGGGGCUUACACUGAAGGAGUGAUGGCGAAUGUUCAGUAUUUGACCAAGAAUGUGAUUCCAGAGUUUAUCAGUCAAGUAAAUAUUGCAUUGGAGAGCUUAAGCAAGAACACAGUGCAUCUGUUUGACGAUAACCAAUUUGUGGACGUUUCUAAGAAGGUGUAUGAUACAAUUCAUAACAUCAGAUGCUCAGUCAUGAUGAUUCGGACACCUGAGGAGCUAGAAGAUGUAUCUGACCUUGAAGAAGACCAUGAUGCACGUAGUCAUACAAGUAUUCAGACUGAAGGGAAAACUGACAGGGCCAAGAUGACUCAACUACCGGAGGCUGAAAAGGAAAAGAUAGCUGAGCAAGUGGCUGACUUCAAAAAAGUCAAGAGUAAGCUUGAUGCAGAGAUUGAAAUAUGGGACGAUACCAGCAAUGACAUCAUUGUUUUGGCCAAGAGGAUGUGCGUGAUUAUGAUGGAGAUGACUGACUUCACAAGGGGUAAAGGACCACUGAAGAACACAUCUGAUGUAAUCAAUGCAGCAAAAAUGAUUUCAGAGUCAGGAUCAAGGAUGGAUGUCCUAGCACGGCUGAUUGCCAAUCAGUGUCCAGACCAGUCAUGCAAACAGGAUUUGCUGGCUUACCUCGAACAGAUCAAGCUGUACUCCCAUCAGCUCAAAAUCUGCAGUCAAGUUAAAGCAGAAAUCCAGAACCUAGGUGGAGAACUCAUCAUGUCUGCUUUGGAUAGCGUCACUUCGCUAAUUCAGGCUGCCAAAAAUUUAAUGAAUGCUGUGGUGCAGACAGUGAAGAUGUCCUAUAUUGCAUCCACAAAGAUUAUCAAGAUUCAGAGUCCUACUGGCCCACGACAUCCUGUUGUGAUGUGGAGAAUGAAGGCUCCAGAGAAGAAGCCCCUAAUUAAAAGAGAGAAGCCAGAAGAAAUCUAUGCAGCUGUCAGAAAAGGUUCUGCAAAGAAGAGAAUCCAUCCUGUUCAAGUCAUGAGUGAAUUUAGAGGCAGAGAAAUAGUCUAA